AUGCAGCAGCAGCUACCCGUCUUAAGGAUUGCCAUAAUUGGAUCUGGUGGAGUUGGUAAGAGUGCUUUAACUCUCCAGUUUAUGUAUGAUGAGUUUGUUGAGGACUAUGAACCUACGAAAGCCGAUUCAUACAGGAAAAAAGAACGUUUAGACGGUGAGGAAAUACAAUUCGAUAUUUUGGACACUGCAGGUCAGGAAGAUUAUAACGGUAUCCGAGAUUACUAUUUUCGAAGUAGUGAGGGUUUUCUUCUGGUGUAUGCUAUUGAUGACGAAGAAUCUUUACGUGCUCUACCGAUGUUUCAUGAACAGGUAGUUCGUAUCAAGAAUUGUGAACAACCACCAAUGUUAAUUGUUGCUAAUAAAUGUGAUCUAAAAGAUCCUAAACAAAAAGACUACACAUUGCAGGGUAUGCAAUAUGCAAAAUGUUGGGGUGUACCUUUUGUGGAGACAUCGGCAAAGAUGUGUUGUAAUGUGGAUAAGGUAUUUAUUGAAAUAGGUCGAGAAAUUCGUCGAUCUCAAUUGGCUAGUAUACAAUAUCCAAAACAAGUUACAAAACAUAAACGAAGAAAAAAGUGUACAAUCUUGUAA